UACGUUUGUUAUUUAUUUAUUUAAAUCUCAGUUCUCAACUAUUUCUUCUUUGCAUCUGUAACAUAAGCACAAAAUACAAAUAGUAAAACAGUUUUCCUCUGCCAGUGCUGUGUCCUUUCCGCCCGCCACCGACUUUGCUUCUGCCCGCCGCUUCCGCCGCUACUUCCAGUGCUCGUUCUUUCCGGCACCUCUGCCAGUGCUGUGUCCUUUCCGCCCGCCACCGACUUUGCUUCUGCCCGCCGCUUCCGCCGCUACUUCCAGUGCUCGUUCUUUCCGGCAGCUACAAUUCAUUCAGGCAGCUGAGUUAGGGGUAUUGAGGCAAUAAUGGCUGAUUUUCAAACUUCCACUCACAAGGCUAAGUGGAUCUUUACUCCUCAACAGCUGGCUGAGAAGAACAAAACAAAUAAUCAAAGAGCCAAACAAAUGUUGGAGAAGUAUGGAACAACAAGAAUGGAAGUAGAUCUUGAUGGGUCCAUAACAUACCCUGAACCUCAAGUUAAUACAGGAGAAAAUGCUGAUAAGCAUUCUCGUCCAAAGUCACUUGGUGUUGAAGAAGAGCAAUAUAUGCGAGUGUACUAUGAGUAUAAACUUCGAGAAGUUUGCAGUGCCUUUUACUUUCCCCAUAAAAUUCAGGCAACAGCACUUAUAUACUUCAAAAGGUUUUACCUUCAAUGGUCGGUUAUGGAGCAUGAUCCAAAACACAUAAUGUUAACCUGUAUAUAUGCAGCUUGUAAGAUAGAGGAAAAUCAUGUAUCUGCAGAGGAGCUUGGUAAGGGGAUUUCUCAGGAUCAUCAAAUGAUUCUCAAUUAUGAGAUGAUUGUUCUUCAGAGUUUGCAAUUUGAUCUCAUUGUUUAUGCACCAUAUCGAUCAAUUGAAGGUUUUAUGUAUGAUAUGGAGGAAUUCUGCCAUGCAGCUGAUGACCAAAUUCAACUGCUGAAGGAUAUGCAAGCAUCUGCAGUAGCAGAAAUUGACAAACUUAUGUUUACUGAUGCACCGUUGCUUUUCCCUCCAGGGCAGUUAGCAUUGGCUGCUCUGCGAAGUGCAAAUGAGAUGCACCGAGUCAUUGAUUUUGAAAGAUACGUCAAUGACAUUCUAUCUCGUCAGAAUAUGGUGCACACGGUUUCAAAUUUCUUCGAAUCUCUGGAUACCAUAAUUUCUUGGAUAAAAAAGUACAAAUUUCCUACAGAAAAGGAUAUGAAGCACAUUAAUAGGAAGCUGAAGUCUUGUUGGGGUCAUGGCUCACAUGAGGAGUAUUUUUCAUAUGCUUGCUUAUUUUUAUACAAUUGUUGGCAGUGUGAUUUAUUCAUUCUAAGUUCUGACCCCACUCUAUUGUUUGGAAACAGUAAGAAACGAGAGAAGAAAUCGAAACAUAGAUCUCAUAAGAGUUCAAAGGAAACGCAAAAUCACCCAUCUGCGUGAUUGUAUGUUCUUCCUUGUAGAUUCACCAAUUCUGUUGUUCAGGGAAAUUUUACGAAUCCAAUUCUAUCUUUCGCUUAGCAAGGAAGUGUGUCAGAAUUCUUUCUCCUAAUAGACUUUUAUUUCGGAAGAAUCAAAAAAUAGAUUGGAGGGAAAAAGAAAGGUGUUAUGCAGUACAAGAUCCACUAUACAGCGAAGUUCCUCUAAGCUGAGAUUUUGUGAAGUUGUAAAGACGAUCAUUCUGAUAUAAUUCUGAACUGUAUAUUUUUGUUUUUCUAAUGCAUUUACACUUGUUAAAAGUUUUA